AAUAUCUGUAUUGCGAGUGAUCUAGAGACGGAGUUGUUGGAUGAAAUCUAUACUUACCUAUACCUGGUAGCGCGGAAGUCGGGGGCUCACAUUGAUCCCCUCCACAAGCACUUACUGAGAAGGCGUACCGUCGUGGUCACUGAGAACCCAAAGCUCCACCUUGUGCGUCACUACAGAACCAUCUACGUCAAACCUCUUCCCGACUAUCUCCUCAACCACCAAGUCUGGCAGGACCAUGGUUCCCGCCUACAAGUGACACAUAAAAGGUACGACAAGCGUCGGGCUUCUCUUGGAUUUUUGCGCAGCUACAGCCUUCUUAUACGCCACGAGUCCGACUUCAUCAUCGCACACAAGUCCAACCUCUUGCCAAGACAUGUCUCAUUCUACCGUUUCCAGAAGUUCAUCAGACCAUUCCGCUCGAUCCUAGACGAAGAUGUCUCCCACCGGUAUCAUUUUGGCCAAUCUCGGCUGACCAGGUUGAACUGGGCGGUCCGAAUCAUUCGCGUGGUCCAGGUUGUCUUCCCGUUUACGUUCAACAACUACCGGUUUCCUGUCUCUCACAAGGAUGAAAACUGGCAGAUUGCGGAGUACAUCCAGAAAUACGCUGCACCACUGGUAUUUGUCUUUGGGACCCUGUCUCUGAUCUUGUCCUCUAUG